UCAGCGACAUCCAUCUUGAAGAGGCAGAAACUCCUGAGACAGAAGAAUGUGCGCUUCGACCAGGUGACUGUAUACUACUUCUCCCGGCGACAAGGUUUCACCAGCGUGCCAAGCCAGGGGGGCAGUUCCCUAGGUAUGGCACAGCACCACAAUUCUGUGCGGAAAUAUACACUGUGUGAGUUUGCACAGGAACAGGAAGUGACACAUCGAGAAAUCUUACGUGAACACUUGAAGGAAGAGAAACUUCACACAAGAAAAAUGAAGCUGACAAAAAAUGGUACCAUAGAGUCUGAAGAAGCUGAUGGCCUCACCUUAGAAGAUGUGUCAGAUGAAGAUAUAGAUGUAGAUAGUGUGGAAGUAGAUGACUACUUCUUCCUUCAGCCGUUACCAACUAAAAGGCGUAGAGCUCUGCUCAGAGCAGCUGGAGUACAUCGUAUAGAUGCUGAGGAGAAGCAGGAGCUUCGUGCCAUCCGUCUCUCCAGGGAGGAAUGUGGAUGUGACUGCCGCCUUUUCUGUGAUCCAGAAGCUUGUCCAUGCAGUCAGGCUGGGAUCAAGUGUCAGGUGGAUCGUAUGUCAUUUCCAUGUGGGUGUUCCAGGGAUGGCUGCAGUAACGUAGCUGGUCGCAUAGAAUUCAACCCUAUUCGUGUGCGAACUCAUUACCUCCAUACUAUCAUGAAACUUGAGCUUGAAAAUAAACGCCAACAGCCACGACCUCAGCCACCAGAACAUGAGCAUCAGGAGACACAGGACUUCCAUGAAUUUAUAGCUGAGAACUAUCACUUGGAGAAUGAGGCUGCUGUUCGGCACCUGCAAAGUGCAGAGGAGCGCCAGAGGCUGCUUGAUGAAGGUGAAGAGACCUCUAGUGGCUCUAGCCUAAGUCUAGACUCCAGUGUAGAGAGUUUAGAAGUCUGUCUUCUGGAGGCGCCUAUUUCGCUGCCACCGUCCGAUUGCCAUUCCUCCGACAAUCCUGUCUUGCUGUCUUCUGACUCUUCUGUUCUCUGUUACACUGAUGAAGACUCUGGGAGGCCAGCCUCUCCACCGGACUACACAGAUGACAGCAUGGUGUCCAUUUAUGAUCAGAACUCAACCAGCUUAACUCCAGGGUCAGACAUGACAGAAUCGAUCGCCUCUGAGACUACAGAGUCCAGUGGCUCAGUCCAGAUAGAUGCAGAGGAUUACACAGUGAUGACUCCUUAUUGUAAAGAGGAAAACCUAGAACCAGAGCCUGCUGGGAAUUCCUCUGACUUGGUAGCACAGACAAACAGGCAACUAGAAACCUCUAUAAGCGAAGGAGGGAGGUUGCAGGAAAAGUCUGACAACCCCUGGUCAGGCCAGAACUUUUCUGCAGAAAGUUCCCUGACCAUGUGA